AUGAGGGGUGAGGGGUGCGGGGAGGAGGGGGGAGGAGGACGAGGCGGAGGUGCUAGAGGUGUGAGAGGCCAUUGGAAUUCACCGCGCGAGCUAUCCGUAGAUAGCGGCAGGCGGAACACACACCCAAUUACCGAUCACAAAGCUGAUUACAGACCUUCAGGAGCGUUGCACAACCCUCUCCACACCGGCGGACUAUUUGAACGAGGAGUUGCAAGGAAGUCGUCAUUUACUCUCUUCAUAGAAUCGACGCCGAACGGUUGA